CGUCCUUCCGGCUGGCAAUGAACUCGCGCGAACUGAAUUCCUACUCCCUUGCUUCUUUGUAUCGAACCUUAUGGCUUUCAAUUAAAGCAGAGUGAUCUUGGAGGAUUCGCCGGCAAAAGGUAGGCUGAGCGCCUGAGCCCGCGGGCACAGUCCAUGGACUGUGGUAAACCACUCACACACAGCGGAGGAGACCUCGAAGUGCCCCUAAAUCCUCCAUCCCUUUGCACCGAGGACAACCUUGCUCCCACUGGAGCCUCCGAUGGCUCGUCGGCAUGGGCCUCGGGCGUCGCCCUGUGCUUCCUCGCGAUCAACUGCGGGGUAGCCAUCUACCACUCGAGGCGCGACCCCAGCUCCGUCCUAUUCGUGGUCGUGUCCUUCGUCGACCUCGUCCUCCUCUUCCACCUCCUGCGCGUCUUCGAGAGAUUGCCCCCGGGCUCGCCAAAGCGCCUGCAGGUCAAGGCGGCUGUAUGGGCCCUCACCACCACCCUGACGGUCAUGUUCUCGCAGCGGGUGGCCGCGUUAAUGCCGGUCCCCGUAGCCGCUGUCGUCUGGGCGAUGGCUGCGGCGACCAUCCUCGCCGGCUUCUGCAUGUUCUUCGUCUGCCGGGACGACGCCUCCGCCGCCGCCGACGAGAAGCUCGCCGAAGGCCCGUAGGCCAUGGUACUAGAAGUAGAACCCGUCUUGGGUCUUACGAACCCGUGUGCAGUUUGUAUUGUCGCCUUGUCGGACACACCGCCUUACCAGUUGUAGGAGUGGAAGUUGUGUGAAUGAAAUAGUAAAGGAUAAUCUAAAGGUUUGGUCUAUCAAUUUCUCA